GCCCUAUCACCACAGAUUUAAAGGGCCAGUGGCACCACAUAUGCACCACAUAUACAAAGGUCUAUCUCCACCGGUAGCUCACCAUCCCCAUCAAAGGUUCAAUGGCCCAUUCCAUUACAAAAUGAAAGGUCCAUGCCCAACAAAGUCAGACCCAACAGUACCAACGCCACCAGUCGUACACGUCCCUACCACACUCCCAACUGUACCAGAACCAACAGUGCCGCCAACUCUGCCAGCAACUACAAUGGCACCGGCAACAACCACCCUGCAAGUGGUGGUGACCACUGUGCCGCCAGUGGAGACCACAGCCCCUGUGACGCUACCGAGACAGACUCUCAGUGCAGGAGCCGUCCCCUGGACCUGGUCUUCAUCAUUGACAGCUCUCGCAGCGUGCGUCCUGGUGAGUUUGAGAAGGUGAAAAUAUUCCUGGCUGACAUGGUCGACACGUUGGACGUGGGCACAGACGCCACCAGAGUGGCUGUGGUCAACUAUGCCAGCAAGGUCAAGAUCGAGUUCCAGCUCAAAGACCACAUCAACAAACUCGACAUAAAGAAAGCCAUUUCCCGCAUCGAUCCCUUGGCCUCCGGCACCAUGACAGGCCUCGCCAUCAAGACUGCAAUGAAUGAAGCCUUCACCGAGCAGUCUGGAGCCCGACCUCGCUCCAGGAACAUCUCCAAGGUGGCCAUCAUUGUGACAGACGGUAGACCUCAAGACCAGGUAGAGGAAGUGUCUGCUGCAGCUCGGGCCGCAGGCAUUGAGAUCUACGCUGUUGGGGUGGACCGUGCCGACAUGCGCUCCCUGCAGCUGAUGGCAAGCAUCCCUUUGGAGGACCACGUCUUCUAUGUGGAGACCUACGGCGUUAUCGAGAAGCUCACCUCCAAGUUCAGGGAGACCCUGUGCGGUCUGGACCCCUGUGCCAUUGGACAUGAGUGCGAACACAUAUGUGUCAACAGCAACGCCUCCUAUUACUGCAAGUGCAGGAACGGUUAUAUCUUGAAUGCUGACACGAAAACAUGUUCCCUGAAACAGGUGAAGGUGGAGGUGGUGGAGGAUCCUUGUAAAUGUGAAGCCAGGCUGGUUUUCCAGAAGCAGACACAGGCCGCCAUCCAGCAGCUCACAGCCAAGCUAGCCAACGUGUCUGAGAGAAUAUAUCGCCUGGAGAACAUGGUGGGCCGUGCUUAGAGCUGGACGCACUGCAGAGACAGCUAGUUGGUUUGAUUCCUGGACAUGGACACGCGCUUCCUGUGAUUCAUCCUCCCAUAACUACUGCAUGGAUUUCAACCACACACCGAGUGAAGCUGUGAUUCAUAAACCGAUAUCCCUCAAGUUACUGAUUGUUAAGUAACAAUACCUGCAGUUAAUCUAGGAAUUGAAUAAACAUUGAAUGCAAUUUUUUGAAACUGCUGUAAAAGCUAUUUACAC